AUUGCUCUAUUUAAAGCAUCCCAACGCUCACAGUAACAACUGCAGAGGCAAACCUUAAAACCUGUCAAUAAAUCCAGUGCAGGGGAGAAUGGCAGAACCAGGGGAAAUCCAAUACUCACGUCUUGUUGUACCUGCACUCCUCAUGGUUGGCUGGAUUGUGGGUUGUGUGUUAAUGGUUUACAUAGUCUUCUCUUGAUAAAGGAAAGAAGAUUUCACAAUGACAUUGAUUGGAAGAACCCAGAAGUUAAAUGGAAAUGUCUAGUCCUUAAAAUAGGCACAGUAUAAGUUGUGUGUUAAUACCACAAUGUAGACAUGGUAUACACUUUGUGUCUACAACAUAGAUAUGAAGUUGGUUCAGAUACUUUUGAAUUGAGUGGUGUUUGGAACCCAGUAAUAGGUCAGAUAUUUGCCUAUCCUCCAAGCCAUCACUAGCCAUCUUGAAAUUCAUCCUCUUGGAAGUAGAAUUUCCAGAAUACUUAUUUUUGGUGGUGACAAACAGUGCCAAAUGGAGUUGGUGACUUAGAUACAGAAGUAUACAUGAAAAAAAUUAAUGAUAUGGGAAGCAAGAUGCCUCUAAUCAGACCAUGAAUCAUCUUUAAUGUGCUGGGAAAAAAGAAAUACUAAAUUAAAAAAAUAAAUUGUGGAAAUAACCCUCCUAACUCUGGAAGAAUGUUUACUCUCUAAAUAAAUUUUCCAACACAAA